GACAACAAGGGAUUGGACGGUUUGUACCAAGGUGACAUACUACUCAACAAACAGCAGGAAGACGACUUGCGAACCUCAAAAGCAAGGGGCGCGGGUCUGCGCCUUUGGCCAGGUGGCGUGGUUCCAUACGUCAUAUCCCAUGAACUUGGUAAGUAUAACGGUCUUGACAGAAAAGUAGAGAUAGUAAGUUUUGAGCUCGGUGAAGAAUUAAGAAAGAUGUUUUUUCGUCUUGUCACGAGCGUGGGAUAAAGAAAAAUUCCGAGUCCCCAUGAAGAAUCGAACUUCAGACCUUCGGAUUUGCGCUCCGAUGCUCUACCACUGAGCCACAAAGACUCUUCGGUGAGCGAGGUCUAUUACAAAGUUCUAAUGACACGCGUCCCGCCUACUGCUAGGAUCAACAAUGUCGAUAGCGUAAUGUUUUUGACAAAAAAGUAAAGAUAGUAACGGUCUUUUCCCUUAUUUACUGUAAGACUGUUUUCAGCUUAUGAGUGAUUUUCUAAAGUUUCUAUUUAUUAUCAUGAUAAUUUCUUUUUCUAACCAAAAACGAAAGUUUAGCUUGAGUAAAAUUUCACAAAAUAAGAGAAAAAAUUCAUAAUAACAAUAAUAAUAAUAAUACUAAUAAUAAUAGUAGUAAUAAUAAUGAUGAUAAUAAUAAAAUUAUGAGUAAUAAUAAUAAUAAUAGAAAGAGGAUAACAAGACACUUUCUUUCAAUCAGUGAACUUAUGAAUAGAAUUAGUCCAAAAGUGACCUGUAUUUGUUUUGUUAGCAGUGUUUUAUUUGUUCUAACUCCUCUAUUGCAGCGAGAAGUGAAGUUUUGGUUCGAACGCUAGAGAACAUAAUGACAGAAUGGGAAGUGCAAACUUGCAUUAAGUUUAAAACGAAGACUGUAGAGAAAGCUUACAUCCGCUUUAUAUACGGAAAAGGGUAAACUUGAUGCAGUCAGUUUAUAGUUAUGUCAAAGGAUUUUGCAAGUAAAAAAAAGAAAAAAAAAAUAUAGAUUGAUAAAUGAAAAAGCAAGCAAAAGGAGGAAAGAAAGAUGUCAGACCAUGCGAUUUAGGUGUCACGGAGGCCUUUCGAGAGGAUAACGAGUAGAAAAGAUAAUAAAAUUGAUAGUUAUCCAAAUGCAUCAUUAUAAAACAUUUUAGCAUAAAAAUAGGUAAAAAAAUUAUUAGGAACAUGGCAUAAAAAAACUGAGUCCCGAAUGAGAAUCUGUCUUCGAAAAGCUGCGAUGAUAUUGGAUUCUCCAACAGCUGAUAUGAAAAGUGCUUGUUUAAUUUGUUAGCUAUAAGACCAGUUUCAUAUAUUACAAGCGUCCUUGAUACUGCUCGGACAAGCAAUGGAUAUGAUAUUUCAUACUUAAGUACAUUAUGAACCCAUUGGAUAUCUUCGUAGAUGUUACUCAUACGUGGGUUGUCAGGGCAACGAGCAGACAGUUAGUCUUGGUCCAAACUGCUGGGCAUUAGGAACUUUGCGGCAUGAAUUAGGUAAGGUAAUGUGAACAAAGCAAAGAUAACAGAUAUCUCGAGACUAUGGGCAUAAUUCCACGGUAAACAAUAGUUUGUUGGUACGUAUUCCAGUCACAGAAAGUUAUAAAUUAUAAAUUUCCUCAGGGUCAUUUCUGCCUACAAAGCUGUCCCUUUCCGAUAACAGAAGUUAACCAUAGCUGUAGACGUAAGCGCAAAUGAUCAAGAGAGGGGCUUAUAAGUGGAGGCAAACAUGCAGAAGUGACAAAAAAAGCUACUGAAAGGAAAAAAAAAUUGUUUUAAGAUUAGGCUAGUUGAUCUUGUCCUUGACCUAAAAAACCAUUAGAAAAUUCUCUUAACCACGCUAAAGACGAACACCACGAAUCAUUUUUUUUUCCAUUUUCAUAUUUGAAGGCUGUAAAUAAGUACGUAUCAAUGUUGAUAUAAUUUUCCAAAAUUCUCUCUUUAGUUUUUAGUCAUUUUCUGAGAUAUGUCGUGUUUUACUCCUAUAAGGACACGCGCUUGGGUUCUUUCAUGAGCAAGCGCGCCCUGAUCGAGAUAUGUACAUCAACAUUGAAAAGGAUAAUAUCCAAGCAGGUAAGAUACAUGCAUUUCCUCUCUUUAAACCUCCCUGUAUUUCUUUUUUCGAGCAGUCCAUGUAACCUUGGACUAUUUAAAGCGAAAUUACCUUAAUCUUCUGUGUAUCACUCUCCUGCGCUUCCCUAUUAAAACUAAUGAGAAUUAAAUAGUGUCUAUAUUUGCGCCAAAUUCAAGCUACCAUCGACGUGGAAUUUCAAUUAAGUGUCGAAAGUUAUCCAGAAUUGCUUUGGUUUCACCUAUCAUUGCUCUUUGAUUAUUUCAGAAUUCUCGCGCCAUCCUCGCAGCUAACCAGAUGCAAAGCUUAAAACAAUUGCGACUUGUUAUUCGCGUUUUCCCAUGCUUCAAGCAGUGUGCUUGUUUUUGCAAUGAGUCCUCAUUUGCCAGUGGUAAUUUAAACCUUUUCUUUAUGAUUGAUCCUCAAGAUUUCUUUGGUUUGGCUUUUCGACACUCAGUAGAAAGUGUAGAAAACUUUCCACUCUGCUUCCGGGUCAUCUAGUUAAGGUAGCCUCAUAUCUUUGUUCUUCAUGUGAACAAUUAAGGUGUCUUAUCUAUUAUUCGAAUUUGCAUGCCUACGGAUGAGCUUAACUGUUAAGUCAAACCUUGCGUUGAUCACAGUGAUCACUGAGGGGUCAAUUGAGUGAUAGCUUUUAUAGUUAGGAGUUAAAAUUUUUGGCCAUUUUGUGGCUAACCGUUAACCCAAAAUGACACAUUCUAAAGAGAAGAAAUUUUUAUGGUUAAAUUUUCUUACGACAAACAACUAAAAUUUUUAGUUUUACGACUAAGGACUAAAAUUUUCUGCAUGGCCGUCUUACGGCUAGCGGUUAACCCCAUUGAUAACAUGUUACUUAAUAAAAUGUCUCAAGAUUGUGGAGAAAACAUGGGAAAGUUUUUAAAACAAAAGCAAGUCUUCAUUUUUAAUUCAGUGUUCAACCUUUUAAUUUUCUUGUUGAAUUUUGAGUUACAUUUGAGUGAUACGAUAAUCACGACUGAGCUGCGGUCUGUACCCAGCGUUGCAAAAAAAAGCAAAGAAUUAACCGAUAUGAUGGAAAAUCUUCGCCCACACGGACUAUGCGCUAUGUGAUCAUUGUUUCUCCUGGUUCUUGCGACUGUUUCCUUUUUAGGAAAGGAAUCGAACUUUGACAAGUUGACGCCCGCUCUGCAGCAGUCUUGGAUGCCCUUUGGCACUCCAUAUGACUACUUUUCCAUCAUGCAUUUCUCUCCGUUCGCAUUCACAAAAGACCAAAAGCCAACAAUUACUGCCAAAGACAACAGGGUGAGUCAGAAUUUUGCAGUAGACAUAGGAAAAUUGUUGUCCCUUUUAACCUUAAGUCGACGAAUAUCUAAAGGAAUUGCAAUGAAUGUUUAUCAUAUUUGAAUCUAAUAUGGGCCAACUUACCACAGAGCUCUAAAAAGCUCAUUGGUAGAGCAUCGGAGCGCGGAAUCCGAAGGUCUGAGGUUCCAUUCCCCGAGGGACACUUAGAUUUUUUUCCUUUUUCAUACGUUCGAGACAGAAAAAAAAAAAUGUUUUCUUUCCACAAGCUAAGCAGGUUGGUUUAUCAUUAUGAUCAAACUAUUUCCAGCCUACUUGAUAUAUUACAGUUGAUUUGUAUAUUGACUUUGCAUACAUUUAGGUAUCUCUCCGUUACCUUGGUCAGCGGGAUUUCAUCAGUUACUUGGACCUGCAGCAAAUGAAUUUAAUGUACAACUGCCCGGGAAGUAAGUUAGCAACGUUAGCGAAACAUACUUCUUCUAGUUCUAUACACUAUUUUAAUGCCUCCGUGAUCAUUGUAGGAAAACAGGUGCUUCAGCUUCCCAUCAACAAAUGAGUAAGAGGGUAAAACAUUCAGCAUAUUUAGCAGUUAGGCGUAAUGGACGGAGGUAAUAGUCGAUAAUAGAUAGAUACAUAGAGUAAGCUUGUGCGAAUAGGCAACCGCAAAAACGAACUUGUUAAGUACAUUUACCUAUUUAUCCUGUAAUUUGCAGAUGCUGUCGGCUACUUGGACACAAUUUGCGAAAAUUAUAGCCGACAAAUUAUUUGCUAUGGCGGAAGAAAAAUCAGGAUCACUUACGCCAACUACGGAAGGAAGUAUUCAUCAAAAUGUGGAUUUAGUUUCAACAGGAACUGCAUCAGCCCCACUUCACUUAAAAAGGUCAGUAUCUUUGUCGAAUUAGAUAAAAGGGAAAAAAAGAUAAAACUUCAAGACAAGCGGAACUGCCUGGAAAGCGAGCAACGCGUUAACCCUCCAGUUUUGAAAAUGAAUUUUUUUGUAUGUUCUGUUAUCGAAUAUUUGAGAUAAAGAUCACCAGCCGCUGAAGAUCCUUUAUAAUAGGAGCGUUUUUUUUCUGAAGAGUCACCAAUUAGUUAUGUUUACUAAAUUUACAUUUCUGUUUUAAUGCCUGCCUAUCUGCCCUCCGCGCCCAUACCUUCAGUUCUCUUCCUUUCACAUUCUCUCCCACAAUUAAAUAUUCUAAUCAAAAGUUUUUCCCUUCCUGGCACUACCUGUCAUCAAGGCUGACUGAAAAUUUUGUCCUAACACGCUCCUCUUCACAGGUCAGUCAGACAUGUAACGGUCGAUCAUCAUGCCUCCUCAAAGCAUCAGACAAGGAAUUUGGUGAUCCAUGUCCCUUCACUAAAAAGUACCUGGCUAUUCGAUACGAGUGUCAUCCUUGA